UAAAGAUUUAAUUAAAAUUGACAUCAUGGGAAGUUGUUGUGGAUCAAGAACAGAAUACCUUGAUAUUGGAAGAGAUAACUCUAAAGAGACAAGAGAGUAUAAUAAAAUACUCAAUUUCGAUUGGAACCAAGGCCUCAAAAAUUUAGGCUCAGAGGAGAGUAAAGAGGAGGGAGUAUAUUUGACAGUAGAAGAAAUUAUCCUCAUGAGGUUGACAAACGACAGAGCUGAAUUUGUCACUCCCCAAGUAGCUCAUAUCUCUUUCACUGAGUUUAAGAAGUUCAUGUUCCUAAACAAAGUUUUCCUAGAGCAAGAGAGAAAGAGAGAAGCUGCUGCUUCAGAAAAAGAAAAGAAAGAGAAAGAAACCCAAAGCAGAGCUAAAAAUGUUGGACUAUUUGCUCCUCCUGUUAUUGAUUCUAUUUGGACCAUUCUUAUUUCCUUAGAUGUACCAGAUGAUAAAGGGCAAGGUGUUCGGAUUUAUGAGAGAUUCUGCAGAGAAAUUUUUGGAUUCAUUUUAGAAAGACCUAUUUUAAAAGAGUUGGAUAAAGAAUGAAAGAUCGCACCAGAUCAUAAAUAUGGAUUGACCAUUACUUAUUUCAAGAACUUUUCUAAUAUCCUUAAGCCUAGCUUUAAAUACUCGAAUGAUGAUUAUGAUAGUGACAUUUGUUCAACAGUCUGGGUCACACCAAAGCAAAUUUCUUCUUUCAUCACAUCUGCUGGUGCAGAGUGAAAGAAAGCCGGCAAAGAUCUCAACCCCAAAGCACUCCUCGGAACAGCCAGAAUUAUCAUCAACAAGUACAGCCAAGAAAGCACUCUCAAGAUCCCCAAGCACAAGGACUUCAGCAAAGCCAAGUACGCACCCACCGUCGCCAAGAAGAAGAAAACUACCAUCGGCAAAAUCCACAAGAAGAUCGACUCCGAAGGAAUCGGGUCUCAGGCUGUCAUCAGGGUUCUUGAAGUUAAGUACGGCCUCGACCACGAAACCGCCAACUCGUGGUUCAACGAGUUCAGGAAGUUCUUGACUCUCAAGAUGAUCGAGACUGACGAGUCUGUAGAGACCAGAGUUUAUCCGAGCAGCAUCGUCGAGGCAGUCUGGACUACUUUCUACGAGCUCAGAUAUUAUUACCAGAAGACGUUUGCAGAUCUUUUCCCGGAUCAAGAGCUUCCCUUCCCAGAAAGUGCCAUCACUAGCUUCCACAACUACGAGGAUGCAGCCAAGAGGUAUGCUGAAACACUAGAGAUUUUGCAAGAGAUUACAAAGGAAGAGCCGAACCCAGCAGUUUGGGAAACUGUUGAGCAAAGAUUCCCUCAGUCAAGUGCUGCUGGACAGUCAAAGAGUGUUGAGAGCAUGACUCCAAUUGACGACCCGAACAGAAGAGUCCCUGUAAACAUCUUCCGUCUGACGGUCUCUCAAAUGGUAAAGCUGUCUACUACAGUUGCAAAUGCGAAUGAACUGAUCAUUUACGAGUCUCUCAAAGACAACGAGAAUUUUAAAAUGAACACCGAGAAUACCACCAAAAGAAAUGGAGCAAAAUCGGCUGGAAGCUUGUAUAGAUGGAGAGUAAACUUCCCACAUUGCAACAAUGUGUACUACAAAGACAUCAGAGAAGACCCCGAACAUGCUUUCAUUUACAAUCCGAACCAGAAGAACUACAAAUCCGCGCACGGCCUGAGCACAGGAGGAUUCAUAUUUUUCCCAAAUCCAUUCGAUGCCAAGAAGCUGAAGGUCAACUCGUCCAUCAAGCCUCAGCUGGCGAAGGCAAUUGACUUGGACAAUGCAGCAGACAUGGUCACUGAAGGCGUGGAUUACAGCAGGGCUGUAGCUCCUUCUGGCUCUGGGACAGGGGUUUUGUAAGAAGGAAAAAUUAAAGA